AUGGAUCAUGUAAUUUGUGGCCUUAUAUAUGGUUUAUUAACUGAACCUCACAAUGGUCAAAAGUAUUUUUCAUUAUUUUCCAUUGUUACAAAUGAUGGAUGGUUUUGUGCUUUGUGCAAUAUUAAUAUGGUUUUAUUUGAACUUUAUCCAAAAUUACGAACUGAAGUUCGUGAACAGAUUUUCUUCUUUUUUCGUGAAGCUAUUAAAUCAAAUGUUCCAAAAAUUGAUAAUGUUAUUAUAAAUUUGAUUAGAAAUGCCAAUGAUGGUGCUGAUUUGAAGGAUAUUUGUGUAACAUUAUCAGCAGCCGUUGGGAUUCUUAACGAUAAUUAUGCCUGGCUGAGUGGAUUGAAACCGAAAGCCUCAAUGAUUCCUGUUGCAUUAAAUACUUUCGCAAGGUUUAUCAGCGAAUUAAGUGUACAUCAACAAUAUGAAUCACUGCGUAUACAAAUGAUAACUUUAUGUAUUUGGUUGUUGAAAGAAAGAUUUGUCGAUUGCAUGCAACUUGGCCGUGAUCUUCUUCUUGUUCUGAUGCGAUUAUCAAAAAUACCUCAAUUUACUACCAUUUGGAGGCUCCUUCUUUAUUCUCCUUCAAAAUUAUUGCAUAAUUUCGCUGGUGUUGAAGAAUUAAUGGCUCGUCCUUGCGCGUAUAAUCUUCCAACUUAUCGAAUAUGUGUCACAAUGCAAAGAAAAAUGGACUUCUUAUUUGGUAAAAUGAAACCCGGUAUGCAUGAAAAGCAUUUUGAAUGGUUCAAAAAGCAGCACUUGGCUAACGCAGACUCAGGAAGUCUUCGUGCUGAAUUGGUGCGAGCUGCUUUAUUUACAUCAUGGGGAGAUUCACCGCAUGGGCUUGACAUGAAAGCAUUAUUUAUCACGUUUUUACUUCAUCAGAAUAGUGGAUUAGUGGAUUUACAGUGGUGUAAACUACAGCUCUUUUGGGAUUGGUUUUGUUUCGAUUUUGCAACUGGAGGUCAAGCUCUAAUAGAACCUGGUUUCGCAGUACUUCGCAAUCUUUUUCACGUACAACCCAUGCUUGCGAAUUCUCUGUUAGACUUCUUAGUUCGAAUGAGCACCGAGCUGCAUCCACCAUUACAAAAUCGUAUAAUCAAUUCAGUGACAAAUGCUUUUAAAAUUAUCGGUGAACAUCAUGUACUUGGGCCGAUAUCAUUUGUUAUCGACAAUGCACUGUUUCAAAAAAAUGUUAGAGAUAUUUUUCGAGAAACUUUUAAAGGUCUAUAUCGACAGUCAGUUCCACAACAAUUGCCAAGUUCUUCAGAUGAUCAUGAACCAGAAUCGAUAAUUAAUUUGGAAGCGGAGUCAUCCACCGCUCCAAUGUCAGAUAGCACGUCAAUCAUAUCAGCAGAAGGUGUCGGCAGCGGUAUUUUGCCAAGUAUUGAUAUCUCGGAAGAACAAAUACGAGAAGACGAUGAUUCAUGUCAUGAAAAAAUAAUGACUUUAUUAGCCGCCAUCAAAGAAGAAUUUCGCGAUUCAAUCGAAAAUUUGUCGAAUGUACCAUCUACUGAUAAUGACAGUCGAUGUGAAAUGAUGCAAAAAUUACUCACAAAUAUUUUUGAAAAUGAUGAUUUAUUGGAUGAAGAACAAAUUGAAUUAAUAUCCGAAUGCCUUUUGAUAUUAUUUGGCAGAGAUUUGCGUUUGAAGAAACCACUACCAGAGGGCUUUGCGCAGUCACCUGACAUUCUCCAAGAAUUAUUCAAUCAACCUCUGUUUAUAAUUUUUCGAAAUCUUUGUUUCACAUCUGACGGCGAUGCAACUAGGCAACCAUUAUUAUCAAUUAUCGCUGAAAUGAGCGAGAAGUGCAGUUCGAUAUCAUAUUUACUAUUAUUAUUUGUUUGCUGUGGUCAGGGUGAUCAAAAUGAUUGCAGCACAUCAUCUUAUACAGAUAUGUGUCACAUCCUCGACCGCUCCAUAAUUCAACAAAUUGUUGCUGAUCUGGAACAAUGUCAUAUCGAUGAUUAUAAUUUAUUUGCCUAUCUCGUAACAUUUGUUUAUGAAAAAUUUGCGAAUGAAGCGAUGGCUAGCGUGGAUUUGGUCAAACUGUUGGCGCACUCACUAGAUUCUCGUCAAGUAUCUGAUUUAAUCGGUGAACUUAUUCGCGAAAACAUUUCCAUAUUCAGAAAAGAUUCGUUUCCUUCGAUAUUAACUGCUUCACUAAGCUGGGAAACUACAGCACAGUUCAUAUUUUGGCAGAUCGUUUUAGGAGAAAAUGUGCCUUUCGAUUGGAUUGUGUAUAUAAUUCCUCGUUUACAAUAUCCAAAGCACUCAGAAGCGAUUACGCAUAUCUAUAUUCUGUUGCAGAGAUUAGAUAGGGAGCCAAAUAUGAAUCUUAUACGGAAUCUUCUCUCUCGCUCUUCUGCCGAUAUGUUCACCGUGAAUUGUUUAAAACUUCUUAUAAGAGAUCCUGAAAAUACAAAUCGUGUUGCUGAACUUUUGGCUAAUCUUAUGGAAAAAUUAAUUCAGUCUGGUGAUUUGGUAGCCUCUUCCACGAAAGGCAAGCGUCCAAAUCAAAGGUAUGUUUGCUUAGAUCAGUUAUUUGCACAUCUUGACAAAUUUCGGCAGAGUUGUUUGUCAAAAGAUAGUCGUUCUGCCGAACUUUUCCUUGCUCGUCCUGUUCUGCAAGAAGCAUUUACAUCGGCUAGAGCCACCGAUAAGGCAGGAUUUUUUAAAAUUUUGAAUCGGAUGAUCUUUUUUUUUGUUUCGUCACUUCGAAUACGAUACAGCGAGCUUUUCGCUGUUAUGGAAAUUUUAAGUGAUGAUGCAACUCAGAGUAGUCGUUCAUUACGAAGAGCAAAAACGCAGAAAAGGCCUGUUGAUACACCCGAAGAUGAUAUAAAAGCAAAAAGAAAGCGACAAACGUUCAUCGUGGAUUCAGACAGCGAUUAA